GUAUUAGCUAUAGUAUAUAUUUCUAUCGAAUGACUCACUACUUAGUAUACUAUUUUUUUAAUGAGUUUUUUAAUAAUAUAAAUCAAUCCGUAGUAAAUGAUUCGAGUGCUACUAUAACCGUUUUGAAUUUCAGAAUUAUUUCCGGUUAAGGAUACAGAGACAUUUAAAACAAUACAAAACUUACUGCAUUGAUCAUUGAUUAAUCAUUUGCCGGUCUACCUGUCUGCCAUCCGUUGAUAAUGAGUGAAUCUGAAUUUGUGGCGCACCAUUUCCUCAGGUGCCAUUCAAAAACCGACAGUGAUUCAGCAGACGUUUCUACACAGGUAUGGUAUGCAGCGUUUGAGCCAUCUAGCAAGUCUCACUUGGUGGCAACCUGUGGUGGCAACAAGGUCUGUGUUAUUGAUGUGGAGACUGGAGUGGUCCAAUAUAGAUAUACUUAUCCCAAAGGACUGUUAUAUACAUUAUCAUGGAGUACAGCGUGCCCUCGCAACAAUAUAUUGGCCACUGGUGGAACAAACAAUACAAUUGUACUCAUAGACUUGUCUGCCAAUUUAGCAUACCUUCACUACAGUUUACCUCAAGGGAAUAGUAAAAAAAUAUUUAUUAGCUCAAUUUUAUUUCAUCCUUCUCAAAAUGUGUUGUUUUGUGCCCUAAACAAUGGAUACUUAUACAUACUUAAAUUUGAAACUCUCAAUUAUCGUAUUGUAAACCUUGAACAACAAUAUUUCAUUGAUCUCAAGUGUGAAAUAAUUGGAUUAACAUUUUGUGAAAUAAAUGAAUAUUUACUCAUUGCCACUAAUGCUGGUUUAAAAGGAUGGGAUAAUUCUCAAAGCCAAGAUCAAGAACUCCUUGAUUUUGAACUACCCAAAAACCCUAAUGAAUUGUAUAAGGAUCAAAAUGAAAAUGUGAUUGAUUCAAUUGAGAUUGUUAAAGACAGUUGGAUUGCCAUUAAAGUUGCUCUGCACGGAGUUAUAUAUAUUUUUGAUCUAAAUACAACACUGUCCAAAACUAAAAAUAACAAGUGCUUAGUAUUACCAUCUUUUGUACUAAAAUGGAGUGAUACAGACAACUAUUUUAUGAGCUGUUGUGUUGGUCUUGAUGGAAAACUUUUAGCAUGUGGAGAUGAUAAAGGAAGUAUAUGGCUUUACAACUUGGAAGACAUAUCCUUUAAAUGUUCAAAAGGUGAUCCUAAGAUCAUUACUGUCAGUUCAGUGUUGAAAUGGCCCAAACUUAAUGAUAGUUAUUUGAAAAAGAAAAAGAAGUUGGAAGUAGAUGUUUAUGACAUAGUAAUAGCAAAAUGUGCCGUUCACUUUAGUGGAAAUUAUCUUGUAGCUGUAACUAAUAACAAUUUUGUUUGUUUGUAUAAAAAAUAAAAUAUGAUUUAGUACUUAUUAUGUUUAAUGUUAUAUUACU